UAAAACCUCGAGGAGAAGAGAGAAUAGAUGGCUCUCCAACUCUUCACAAAAUUCUCGCCUUUCUCUCUCUCUCUCUCCUCCAACUUUCUCUCUCCUCCCCUACGCCGCUAUCCAGUCCCUAUUCACGGCUUUAAAAUACCCACUUCUUCUCCAUUACCUUCACUUUCCUGUCAUAGACCCACCAAGAAGAAAGGUCAAUUUCCUGCAAUUUUUACGGGGAAUUCAGCUUCUGCUUACUCUCUCUCUAGAAAAUUCGGAGUGGCCAUGGCUUCUCCUGGUUCAGUGCAGAAGUCUGAGGAGGAGUGGAGAGCCAUUCUCUCCCCUGAACAGUUCAGAAUUCUCAGGCAAAAAGGAACUGAGUUCCCAAACACGGGGGAGUAUAACAAGUUAUUUGAAGAAGGAAUCUACAAAUGUGGUGGUUGUGGGACUCCACUUUACAAAUCCUCCACCAAAUUUGAUUCUGGUUGUGGGUGGCCAGCUUUUUUCGAGGGUCUACCAGGAGCUAUAGCUCGUCAUCCUGAUCCAGAUGGAAGGAGGAUUGAGAUAACGUGUGCAGCUUGUGGUGGACACCUCGGCCAUGUCUUCAAGGGCGAGGGCUUCCCCACACCUACCGAUGAGCGACAUUGUGUCAAUAGCAUUUCAAUUAAGUUCACUCCAGCAAACUAAACUUUCUCUUACUGUUUGUAUUUCUUGUCUUCUGUUUUUUUUAUUCUCUCGGUAAUGCUUCAAGAAACUGGUAGAAGUUAAGUGCCUAAUAUGUAUCUCUGAAUGAUAUCUAUGAUAUGAUGUGAAGUUGUCCACUUAUUUAA